UGUUGUUGGGCUUCUUCCGUGACGUCUAACAUUGCUUGUUUCAAGACAUCACGGUCAGUACUACAGUAGAACUUCAGUUUCCUUAAUUGGUUAGAAGGGACUAAGAUGGCAUCUGUGUUGGCAUACACAUUUCAAAGUCUCCCUUCCAGAUCUUCAUGGGUUGUCAGACUUGCUUCACGGUCCUUGAGCACUUCACCAUGUCUAAAUGUUUCAGCAGAGCAAAAGAGCAAGAAGUCUUUAGCAAAACCUGGUGUAAAGAAUAUUGUUUUGGUGGAAGGUGUAAGGACUCCUUUCUUGCUGUCUGGCACCACAUACACAGAUUUGAUGCCACAUGAUUUGGCCAGAGGAGCCUUACAAGGCUUGCUGAGUCGCACUAACAUCCCGAAGUCUGCUGUGGACUAUAUUGUAUACGGAGCAGUGAUCCAGGAGGUUAAGACGAGCAAUGUUGGUCGUGAGGCUGCACUUGGAGCAGGUUUUUCUGAUAAGACCCCAGCACAUACAGUUACUAUGGCCUGCAUCUCUUCAAAUCAGGCAAUGACCACAGCUGUUGGUCUCAUUGCUUCUGGUCAGUGUGACACUGUAGUAGCUGGUGGUGUGGAGUUCAUGUCUGAUGUCCCCAUUCGGCACAGCAGGAAGAUGAGGAAGGCUAUGCUGUCUCUCAAUAAGGCUAAGACUGUGGGACAGAAGUUGUCUCUGAUCUCCAAGCUUCGUCCUUCUUACUUUGCUCCUGAGCUUCCAGGAGUGGCAGAGUUUUCCACCAGUGAAAUAAUGGGUCAUUCUGCAGAUAGACUUGCAGCAGCAUUUGGUAUUUCUCGAAAAGAACAAGAUGAGUAUGCCCUCCGGUCCCAUUCCCUCGCCAAAAAAGCCCAGGAUGAGGGUCUUCUUUCAGAUGUGGUUUCCUACAAAGUGCCAGGCAAAGAAACUGUCACUAAAGAUAAUGGAAUUAGGCCCAGUUCUUUGGACCAGAUGGCAAAACUGAAACCAGCUUUUAUUAAACCACAUGGCACAGUCACUGCUGCAAAUUCUUCUUUCUUGACUGAUGGAGCAUCGGCAGUACUGAUCAUGUCAGAAGAGAAGGCACUGGCUAUGGGAUACAGACCCAAAGCUUACCUUAGGGAUUUUGUGUACGUUUCCCAGGAUCCAAAGGAUCAGCUUUUACUUGGGCCAACAUAUGCUACUCCUAAAGUUUUGGAAAAAGCUGGCUUGACUCUGGCUGAUAUUGAUGUUUUUGAGUUACAUGAGGCCUUUGCGGGUCAAAUACUGGCUAAUCUAAAAGCUAUGGAUUCAGACUGGUUUGCCCAAAAUUACAUGGGAAGAAAAUCAAAGGUUGGAGCUCCUGCAUUGGCGAAGUUAAACACUUGGGGUGGGUCUUUGUCCUUGGGACAUCCCUUUGCUGCUACUGGCUGUCGACUUGUAACUACAGCUGCUCAUCGUCUGCAGAAGGAAGGAGGACAGUAUGCACUGGUAGCAGCCUGUGCAGCUGGAGGACAGGGUCAUGGGAUGAUAGUUGAAGCCUACCCACAGAAAUAAAACAUGGAAGAAAAAAUUUGAUCUGCCUAACCAUGAUGUUCCACUGCACCUCUGGAAACUAAGCCUUUUGUCUGAUGCAGAGACAUUUUUUCAACAUUGCAAAUAUUACAGUAGCUCGAAUUUGCUGACUGCGGGUCGUACCCUUUUAAAAAAGCCUUUUAACCACUAGUGCUCCUUUAGACAUUGAUCACAUUGGUCACUUUAAGGAGGAGGAGUAUACAAAUAUAACAAUUUGCCUUCAAAAAAAAAAAAAAAAAGCUGCAAAAAGCGAAAGAAGGAAAUAUGCUGUGUUAUACUGAUGUGCAAUUGAUUCUAACCUGAUCUCAAAGUUCUUGCAAAUUCAUGUUUAACUGUUUAGUAAUGCUGUCUUUUCAAAAUAAAUAUAAGCUGUUGCCUUAUUACUCUGAACAUGCAUUAUUGUUUAUUUGCAUGAUGAUUUACUAAGAGGCAAAAAGUAAAUAAAAUCAGAGAGAAUGUA